ACCCUGGGAAACACGAGCUGGCCGUUCGGCUUAUGUUAACAUUGCACCCUGUCCGCCCCUGCUGCACCGUCUGCUGCGUGAGGAGGAAGGGCAGGCGAGCGUCUAUAAACAGUUAUUUUGCUUUCUUAAAAUUAGCACAAAUCAUCGUUUUAUUUUGCUCACCAUUUCUGAUCGCGACACCAUGGCGUCAAUGAAAGCAUCUCUUCAUGCUGGACUGCGCUUCAUUGAACACCUCGGGGAGAGAAAAAAGAAAACAGACAAAAAUGAACUUCGUGACAUUUAUAACUCCGAAUUUAGAAGAAACAGGGACGGAAUCAAAGACCCGAAUUUUUCCAAUGUUUUGUUUGCGUUGAAGAAGUUCAAUAAAGCCUACGGUCAGCGGGGGAAGGUAUACUUAGAUAGAAAGUCUUCAGUUAUGCAAAGUUGUAUCUUAGAGCAAGGUCCCAGUUCAGAGGUCCGAGUCGUCUAUGGAGACCAGUGGAGGAGGCCCAGUCGGCAGAAGCCUCCGGUCAGUGCCCCCCCGCUGGCGAACGGAGGAACAACGCUGCCCCCUGCUGGUGCAGUACCCCCGCCACCCCCAGUCCAGCCCGGGUCACAGGCCAAGAAGAGGCUGGCUAACAAAAUCCUUCAAAACCUGAAGGAGAACAGGUCGGACUUCAUCGCGGACAAGCAGGGCGUCGUGAUCACCUCGGAUCACAAAACGGCGGACGGCAGGAUCUCGUUCGUGGUGGAGCGCCUUCAGGAGGCCCACGUGGUGAAGAUGUACAUCCAGAACACGGGGCCCGGCGCCCUGAACUUCACGUACUACACGGCUCUGCACCGCAUCCGCUGCUUCUCCCUGGCCGACGAGAAGCGGGUGACACGCGCCUGCCCCCUGCUCCUGGCCCCCGGCGACCGCUACGAGGUUGAGGUUCAGUUCGUUUCUCUUCACAUCGGGUACUUCCCGGCCACCAUGGUGUUCGAGUUCAAGCCGGACCCCAUCGCCAAGACCAAGCCCUUCUACAUCGUGCGCUUCCUGGAAGCGGUCACCUGGACGAAGCUCACCGUGGAGCUGGGCCCGGUCUCACCGUACAAGCCCUACCAGUCCUCCACGUACCGGCCGGUGGACACGAUGGUGGAGGAGGGAGAGCCCCCGGAGAGCUCCAUCACGCCAAUGCUGAAGACGGUGGUGCGACUGAGGGAACACGACUACCCGUUUUACCUGAAGGAGAUCGGGAAACAGCGGGUGGAGGACACCGAGUUUCUAUCACCGACGGCGAAGCAACAGCUUUCCUCAGUGAGGUCUCUCCUGGAGGCUCCUCUGACUGCCAAGAACUACACCAAGCGCUUCCAGCUGCUCCUGCACCUGGAGGAGAUCCAGAUGGAGGUGGACAUCAGGAAGUACGACUUGCACAACCGGACCAUGACCCAAGAUAAACAGUGCAAGAAGCUCCUCAUUCUGCAGGUUCCGGGCGUGGCAGAGAACCGGCCCUCGGUCCUGAGGGGGGACCACUUGAGGGUGACCAAAGCUGAAGACACGGAGCAGCCAAUCACCGUCUACAAGGGCUACGUUCACCGGGUGGAGCUGGAAAGUGUCAAACUGGGCUUCUCCAAGAAGCUGGUGAAGAACUUCAUCAGCAACAUGAAGUUCAACGUGGAGUUCACCAUUAACCGCUACCCUCUGAAGCUGCAGCACCGGGCCGUGGAGCUGGCCAUCAGGCACCACCUGGGGGAGGUUCUGUUCCCCACCGGAUCCCGGACCCCGGCCCUUCCACAACCCAAGACCAAACUCAGCCUCUACGACAGGAAGUUGGAGAACAAUCCGGAACAGCGUGCUGCCGUCCAGCACAUCGUGUCCGGAGUGUCUCGCCCCGCCCCGUACCUGGUGUUCGGACCGCCCGGCACCGGGAAAACCGUCACCUUGGUGGAAGCCAUCAAGCAGGUGCACAAGAUGUCCGCCUCGGCCUGCAUCCUGGCGUGUGCCCCCUCUAACAGUGCGGCGGACCUGCUGUGUGAGCGUGUGCAGGAGCACGUCGACGCCAACCUGCUCUACCGCCUCUACGCCAGCAGCAGGGACCCCCGCACUGUGCCCCGAAACCUGCAGAAGUGCUGUAACUGGGACCCCGGCCAGGACUGCUUCCUGUUCCCCUCCAGAGAGACGCUGAUGAGCUACAAGAUCACCGUCGCUACCGUGGUCACGGCUGGAAAGCUGGUGAGCGGGGGGCUGCCCCAGGGUCACUUCUCCCACAUUUUCGUGGACGAGGCGGGACACGCUGUGGAGCCCGAGUGCAUCAUCGGGAUGGCGGGACUGCUCCAUGCCGAGACGGGUCAGCUGGUUCUGGCAGGAGACCCGAAACAGCUGGGCCCGGUACUGCGCUCCCCUCUGGCCAUACAGCACGGACUGGGGCUGUCUCUGCUGGAGAGGCUGAUGCGGGAUAAUCCGCUCUACCAGAAGGACGAGAAAAGUGGGCGGUUCAACCCGAUGUUCGUCACCAAGCUGCUGCGUAACUACAGGUCACACCCAGCCAUCCUCAGGAUUCCCAACGAGCUCUUCUACGACGGAGAGCUGCAGGUGUUCGCCCACCAGGAGCUGCGCAAUUCCUACUGCGCCUGGGAACACCUGCCCAAGCAGGGCUUCCCGCUGGUGUUCCACGGGGUGAUGGGGAAGGACGAACGCGAGGCCAACAGCCCCUCCUUCUUCAACGUGGCCGAGAUCCAGGUGCUGGUGGACUACCUGCGCAAGCUGCUGCAAACCCAGGGCAAGAAGGGCCUGGCCACCUUAUCACCCAAGGACAUCGGCAUUAUCGCCCCCUACAGGAAACAGGUGGAGAAGAUCCAGAAGGCCAUCAGAAGCGUGAAAGAGCUGAACCAGCUGAAGGACAUCGCAGAGCUCAAGGUGGGCUCAGUAGAGGAGUUCCAGGGGCAGGAGAGGAGGGUGAUCAUGGUCUCGGCCGUUCGCAGCAGUAUCAACUACGUGAAGAUGGAUAAAGACUUCAGCAUCGGAUUCCUCACCAACGAGAAGAGGUUCAACGUGGCCGUCACCAGAGCCAAGGCCCUGCUGAUCGUGGUGGGAAACCCCGUUAUUCUCAACAAGGACCCCACCUGGGAAAGGUUCAUCAGCUACUGCUGCGAGGAGAAGGGCUACACGGGGUUCGACUACGCGGACGCAGAGGGCGAGAGCGAUGUGGUGACUCGACUGGCAGCGCUCAGCAUCCAAGUAGAGCCUGAAGUGGAACAGGGGGAGAGCAAGAUCCAGCAGCAUCUGGACCCAGAAUGGAGGAACGAACAGUGACCCCCCGCCCCCCCCCCCCCCCGCCCCCCCCCCCAAACCUGCCCGCCCAUGCCUGGACCCGCCAGCCCUUCCAGGACCCUCCCACAGUCCUGGGCUGAACCACUGCCACCCGACCCAUCUACGAGCUGGCUGGCGUUUCACCAGGCAGGAUUACCGAGUUAGCUGGUAACUGCUGAGUAAAACCCAGAAUAGCUCUUUUUACUUCAGUCCAUGUUUCUGGGUUUUACUCUGUGCAGUUUUGUCCAGCUCCGUCAUCCUGCUUUGUGAAAUUGCCCCCCCCCCCCCGAUCAGUUUCAGUCAGCAUCUACAUUUAAAGCUUCAAAAAAAGAAUCUGAAAUGUAGUGUUUUUACAUGUGAGCCCACCAGGAUGUUUAGUUCUGACCCCGAUCUCCACGGCAGGCAAGCUGAGUGGCGCAGUAAAUCUGGGUUGAAGUGCCUUUACUUGCACUGAUGCAAAAUGAUCUGCAGUCCAGUCAUUUAUCCAUCUCACCUUGAGACUCAGAGUUUUUAUUUUCAACCGCUGGGCUGUGCCCCCAUAAAUGCCUUCCCCAGUCAGUGCCUUGUUUAUCGACUCAGACCUUGAGUUAAGUAACGACAAUCACUUUAGUCCUGCUCUGGCCACCUUGAACACAUACUGCAGUAAGGUGCACCUUAUCCGAUUGAAUUUCACAGUUCUAUCCACAUCAUACAUUAAAGUAACAUUGUUGUCAACAGUUCUGUCAAAUUUCAUUUGAAAUUUAAAUCUUUCCUGCUGGGUUUUUACAAAUACUCAUUUGUGCAUUGUUCUAAAGUGUGCAUAUUCAUACAAGACAUUUUGAUUGGCAUCUGCGUAAUUUACUAAGAAUCUACCAUGCCUUUAUCCUGCCAUUUUAUUGGAAAAUCCAGUGUCAUUAAUCAUUGCUUAAGAAUGCAAAGUGCUCAGAAAACCAUUGGAUAUGAGACAUUGUAAACCUGUUUUAAUGGCUCAAUGGCCGAUAAUAAUUAGUGCUAUUCUGCCAAGGAUUUCAAACUCUUAUCCCUAGCAACCCAAGGAGUAUGUGUUGAGACAAAGACUGGCCUGAUGCAGAAGGUAGCAAAACACAAUCUGUAUUUUUAUAGCACUAAUAUUAACAUUCAUGGGAAAGUAAGUUUACAGCUUCCUGGAGAUGUGUACAUGCAGCUUUGCAGUGCGAUUUAAGUAAAUUGGACAUUUCUUUUGGAGAGCGAUGUUAAACUACUGUUAUGUGAAGCACAAUUUAGGUGGUACUGAUUCCUAAACUACUGGGAAUUUUACCAGAAUGAUUAACGACAGUACUUCCUGUAUGCAUUUACACUUUUCCCAAUGAUCAUUGGAGCGAUAGUGUCUUUAUUUCCAUCGAGUUCGGUGUGGGAGACUUCCAAUAUGCAAGGACUGUUGACAGUUUGAAAUAAACUCUAAACGAAGUGUCAUGUCUGUAUUGCGCAGAAACUA